UAAUUCAAACGUGUCAAAGGGAACGAAGGGAGUACUAAUAAUCUCAACGUCUUUGACCAUUCUUUCUCUUGAUCCUUUAAUGAAUUUGCAUUGUAGCUUCCUCAAAGGAAACUUUAACCUGGAUUUUAGUGUGGGGGUUUGGAGAAAGCCACCGCAGCUUUCUCUUUGAUGCCUCUAUGAGACUGUUUUCCGACAUGUGUGGUUGUCUUCGCCGCCGGCUGAGCGCCACCGCCGCCGACGACUCCGCCGCCGAGGAUACCUCCGGUUUGUUCUACAAGCUCGAGACGCUGCAAAUAGCUACUAACUUCUUCUCCGAGCUGAACCAGCUCGGCCAUGGCGGCUUCGGCCCCGUCUACAAGGGAUUGAUGUCAAAUGGUCAAGAAGUUGCUGUGAAAAAGUUAUCCUUGGAUUCAAGACAAGGGAUUAGAGAAUUCACAAACGAGGUGAAAUUGUUGCUAAGGGUUCAGCAUAAAAACUUAGUCAUGUUGCUAGGAUGCUGUGCGGAAGGACCUGAAAAGAUGCUUAUCUAUGAAUAUUUGCCGAACAGGAGUCUCGACUACUUUCUUUUUGAUAAGAAACAGUCAGCACUUCUGGAUUGGACAAAACGAUUCCAUAUAGUAAAAGGGAUUGCACGAGGUCUUCUCUACUUGCAUGAAGAGGCCCCUGAAAGGAUAAUUCAUAGAGACAUAAAAUGCAGCAAUAUAUUACUCGAUGAUCAGUUGAACCCAAAAAUCUCAGAUUUUGGUCUGGCAAGGUUGUUUCCAGGGGAAGAGACUCAUUUGAACACAUUCCGGAUUUCUGGAACUCAUGGUUAUAUGGCUCCAGAGUAUGCAAUACAUGGAUAUCUAUCUGUGAAGACCGAUGUCUUUAGCUUUGGUGUUUUGCUUCUAGAGAUUGUUACUGGAAGGAAAAAUCAUGAUAAGUUGCUUGGUGCUGAAAGGGCGGACCUGUUGCAUUAUGCAUGGAGAUUAUAUCAAGCUGAGAAGUCAUUAGAACUAGUUGAUGAAAAUCUCGACAAAUAUUCCCUAGAAGAAGCUGCAAUAUGCAUUCAACUGGGGCUGUUAUGCUGUCAAGCUAGUGUUACAGAAAGGCCAGAUAUGAAUGCUGUCCAUCUCAUGCUAUCGAGCGAUUCUUUCACUAUACCGAGGCCCGGGAAGCCCGGACUUCAAGGCCGCGUAGGCCGAUGGACUACUACGACUUCUACUGCAUUUACUAGCAACACCAAUGGUAGCAGCACCCAAACUGCUGCUACUACCAAGGCGGAGACAACUAAUGUUUUUGUUGAGGAAUUCUCCAGAAAUUCAAUUUCUUAUUCAUCUAUAGAUGAAGGUAGAUGAACUACUUUUUUAGAUGUCAUUGAAGGGUAAAUAAUAUGUUCCUUGAUUAUUCUUGUUUUUUUAGUUUAGAUUGUACAAAGCUGAGUAUCUUGGAGUUCAGUUUCGUGGGUUCCGUCUAUUCAUCUUGUCUAAUAAUGUCAUGUUAGUGUCUGAAGUUAACCUAAUUUUGGAAUAUAAACUAGUACGCUAGAAUUUUAUGGAGUAUACAUGCAAAUUUUGUGA